AUGGAUCGGGAGCGGCAGGAUACGGCGGGAUUAAUGGCCUUUUUUCUUUUAAUCAAUGAAGAGAUCCGGCAAAGGAAACUUCAGCGGAGGAGGUUGCGGGACGCUAACAACCCCUUCGAGUUGCCGGAUCAGGAAUUUCAGCAUUUAUACAGAAUAAAUAAGGAUAUGGGCCUGUACCUGAUUCGGCAGCUCGAAGGGACAUUGGGAGAGACCGCCGCUCACAGCAUCCCCGUCCAUGUCCAGGUUUUAUCAUCUGUGAUGUUCAUGGCUGCCGGGAGCUACCAGAGGGGUGUGGGCCAAGACCACAACCUUUGCAUGGCUCAGACAACCAUGUCCAAAUAUCUGGGCAGGGUCGUGGAUGCGAUCAACCGACAAUUGAAAAAUCGGUGGAUUGUUUUCCCUGGCACCGAGGCUGGAAGGCAAAAUGUGUCCGCCGGAUUCCGGGAAAAAUUCGGAGUCCCGGAUGUACUGGGGGCAGUGGAUUGCACGCAUGUGGCCAUAUUUCCACCGCCGCGGCCACAUGGCGUGCAAUUCAUAAAUAGAAAAGGAAUUCACACCCUAAAUGUGCAGUUGGUAGCAGACGUGGAUUGCAAAAUAUUAAAUGUUAAUGCGCAAUUCCCCGGCCGAGUGCAUGACACAUAUAUAUACCGCCAAUCAGUUAUUAGAGACGAAAUGCUUGAAUUACAUUACAAUAUUUAUUUGAUAUCUACAGUAGAUUCCGGCUACCCAUUAGAGCCCUGGCUGAUGACGCCGGUGUUGCACGCCGACCCACACUCGCCACAGGACCGCUACACGCGCUGGCACUGCCAGGCCCGGAACGUAGUGGAGCGCACCAACGGCUACCUCAAGGGUUCUUUGAGAUGCUUGGGGUUGGACAGGCGCCUCCACUACACGCCAGAAAAAUCCUGCAGCCUGAUUUAUGCGUGCUGCACCGUGUAUAACAUCAUGAAGUACUUUGGGGUCGAGUUGAGGGAAGAGGUAGCAGAGCCAAUCGAAGACGAAGAUAACUACGGCCAAAAUUUUGAUGACGCUGCGGCGCUUAUGCGCGUAGCAAACGAACGCCGAGAGCGAUUAAUUAUACAGUAUUUUUCUUAAGGAAAACUUUCAUUUCAGCUACAUUAUCUAAAACCUUACAUCAAGGGUAUAUCUAUGCAAAGUAAAACUAUACUUAAAUUGUACGCGCCUCUAUAUUAUUCUGUUUUUAGUAUUUGUUGUUUAGCUAAGUUUUUAGUGCUUACUGAGUGGAGACCAUUUCAGCCUCAGAUCUUUAUCAUUGAUAUGUCUCUUUGUGUUUUGUAUACUUCUUGUUUCACAUUUUAUGUUAUUUUU